CACCUAGACGGAAGUGGAUCGCAAGCAAAUGGGGGAGAAUGGGACGAAGGAAGGGGGUGUCUCAGGUGCAACAUCGACUUCAGGUAAAGACAAAAGUUGAGCGUCUUUUCUUUCUUUCACGACGGUGAUAAACCGCCGUUGCAAGAGCGAGAUAUAUAUUUAUAUAUAUAUAUACACACAUGUGUGUAUAUAUAUAAAUAUAUAUAUAUAUGUAAUAUAUACAUACUGUAUAUAAAAGAAAUAUCGAACUUAAUAUUAUUCUAAUCGUUGUGGAUAUGAAACUUAAGAAUAUUUUAGAUACGGAGACCUGUAUAUCUGGAGUUUAAUUAACCAACCAAAGGAUAAAUAAUAUACAAUAUAUAUUGUAUCACAGAUAUAUACAUCAUAUAUAUAAAUAUGUAUCGUAUAUAUAUUAUAUAACUGUACGUAUAUAACAACAUAUAUGCGUAUGUGUGUUUAUAUGUACACCUGUACUGUUAUAAAAAUCCUGGAAAAAAAUCUAAAUCGUUUGAAAGAGCUUAAAACUCCACAGAUAAUGAUCCUAAUCUAGCAGUGAUAAUCAGCAUAUAAUCUACUUGCAAAUACCUGCUGUUCAAACUGUUUAAUAUCAAAGGAAAACGUAUGCACAAACAACAUAAGGAUAGAUCUUGUAAGAUCUGCAUAAAUACAAAUCUAACAUUACACACACACACACAUAUAAAUACACAUAUAUAUAAUCACAACAACCUAUAUAUUAUGCAUAUUCAUAAUUAUCUAUUUCCAUCUAUACUAAAAAUUACCUCUCCAUAACACACAUACAUACCCUACACAACCCUACAUAGCACCCUCAUUGUUAUAUUAAAUAAAGACCAAACCUUACAUAUAUAGAUAUGUACGAAUGUAUAUAUAGAGGCCCCCAAUAUUAAUUGAUAUUUUUAAAAAAAGGUAAAAUAAAACAUAAAAACAUGAUUGUGUAUAUUUCGGCCUCAGCUAUUUUGACAGUGGUAGCCACAGGUUUGCAAUUUGUUGGACUUUUCCUGCCAACCUGGUGGCGAUCAAUAAAAGAGAACCACAACUUGCAGAUUUAUUAUUACUACGGAAUCUGGAAAUAUCCAUGGAAAGCAGAAGUAUGCCAGGAGGAUAAGUGCCAUGAAGUUCCAUAUACAACCCUCAUGACCCCUACAUGGUUAGUAUUUACACGGCUGUUUGAAGUUGCUGGGGCAGGGUUCGGUAUCCUGCUCAUUGCCAUCAUGCUGAUGUGGUUAGUGUUGCUGGGACCGAUGAGGACCAAACAUCUUGUAAUUGCCAGAAAACUAGGACUGGUCUCCUCCUUCUUGCAAAUUAUCACAGCCAUAUUCAUAAACAUAGGAAUCCUUAUAUUGGUAAUAAAGACUUCACCAAGCAGCAUCCUCACGGGGACAUUUCUCUGUGGUCUCAGCUUCAUCUUGUUCUGCAUCGGCGGUGCCUUGUCUUACCACUGUGUCAAACGAAUGCCGUCCGGUCGGGACGAGCGAACGAGCAACCACGACCCAAGUGUAUCCGUUAUAUCGCCACCGCCCUACUGCGACCCGCCGCCUUCAUACGAGGAAAUCAUGGGAGCCCACUACAUGGCCGAUAACCCAGCCAUGGUGGUCGAUGCCAAUAUGAGUCCAGAAUUUAACAAACAUCUUGAAGCCAGUGGUGAAUUUCCUUCAUCAAGCGAAUAAAGACAAAAAGAGAUAUGCAUGCAAAAUGAAUGCAUCUAUGUGCAUCCAUGAACAUCCGUGUGCAUAUUAGUAUCUAUACAUAAUAUAUAUAUAUAUACCCACAUAUACAC